AUUGUAUUCAUGCAAAUAAAAAGACUUGGGAUAAAAUUUCAACCCUUCUUGCACAAAUUGGUCCACCAGUUGAAAGUCAGAAGAAAGAUUUUGCUGUCAUUGGAACAAAUCAUUUUGAAACAAAUAAUCAGCUUUUUUCAGAAUUUAUGCGUAGAAAUGCAAAUAGAAAUAUUGAUUCAAUAGUAUCUAAAGAAAUAUUUUACAAAGGAGGUAUUUCAAAGGAAAAAAGGCCCAUAUUUUAUUUAAUUUUACGUAGGCUUGAGCCCGAUUGCAUAGAUAUGGAUCUUUUGAUGUAUCAUAUUUUACAUACUAUUGAGCCAUUUAUGAUCAAACCAUAUGAAAUUCUCAUUGACUUGACUAAAUCUGGGCAAUCUAAUGAAAUACAAUCUCAAUGGAUUCAACAAUUUAUUCUAAUUCUUCCAUUCCAUACCGUUGAUAACCUAACUACAUUAUAUUUUUAUAAUGCAAAUACAGCUUUUAGGAAUUUCUCCAAAAAAUUUCCAUAUAUCCUUUUUUUAUAA